AUGGAGGAGGAGAGGCGGGCGGCGGAGGAGCGAGGGUCGCCCUCUUCGGCCGUGGCGCUGGCUGCGGGGGAGGAGGAGCCGCCGGACGAGUUCGGCUGCCCCAUCACGACCGAGCUCAUGAGCGACCCGGUGAUGGCGGCCGACGGGCAGUCCUACGAGCGGUCGGCGAUCGAGCGCUGGCUCGCGACCAAGUCGACGAGCCCGAUGACAGGCGAGGCGCUCGAGUACACGCACACGUUCCCAAACCACUUGCUGCGCCGGCAAAUUCGGGCGUGGCAAGAGGCGCAUCCGGGACGGUAG